AUGAAGCUCGCUGGUGCUCUGGUGCUCCUCGGGGCUGUCCUGCUCCUGACUUCAGAGGGAGAUUGUGGCCUUUGCCCAGUUAUAGAAAAGAAAGUUGACCUAUUUCUUUAUGCGAGCCAAGAGGAGUAUCUUGAGUACGUGAAGCAAUUCGAAGAUAACCCUGCCGUAUUGGAAGAUGCUGCAAAUAUCAAGACAUGUGUCGAUAACACGUUGACAGAGGACGACAAGAAACACAUAAACGAUGUCAUUGUGAGUCUCUAAGUGCCAGGCUAGGGGCGAGGCUUGUG